GUGGAGCAUAGGUAUAUUAUUCUGGUUAAUAAUAUUUUCAUCACAGACUGAUGUUGCUACAUUGGUCAGAUCAUUAUCAUGAGACUUAAUAGUUUUGCUCAUAAUUUAAAUGAAGACUGCUUUCUAGUUAAACCUGUGAACCAGCCACCACCUUAUUAGCGCAGUACCCAGGCAUGCCACUAGAUGGCCACGGAGCCUCCUCUGUGGAACAGGUUUGUUGUUGUGCUCGGGUUAGAGCCCGCCCCUCGCUCUCUCAUAGGCUGUGAACUGUGUCUGACGGGCAGGUCUCUGAACGAAUCAACAUGCUCCGGGGCGGGGGGGCGUGGCUACCUUUGCCAAUUAUAAUACCACUUGUUCGGUCAGACGCUUGCGUCCCCGUGAUGUGAGUUACUGCAAAGUUUGAGCGUCUCUUACUCAGUUAAACUCGUCUUUCAUACGUAGAUACUUUAGCAGGCAGUGCAUCAUGUCGACAGCCAACCAGACCAUCUUUGGAGACGGGAACGACGUCCCUGAUCUCCUCAGGUCCUUGGCUGACUAUCCGUUUUCCUUCCCUGGCUUUGAUGACACCGAAAUAGAGAAAGAGAAGCUGUGCUCCUCUGAGGAUGUGGAGGGGGGCGGGGCCGGAGCAGCCAGUACUGGUGCAGGCUCUAGAGGCGGAGGAGGCGGAGGGGGGGUAUCAGCCUCCCUAACCCCAGCCAUUUGGGACAAGACCAUUCCCUACGAUGGGGAGACCUUCCACUUGGAGUACAUGGACCUGGAUGAGUUCCUCCUGGAGAACGGGAUCCCUGUGACCCUGGAGGAGGAGGAGCUGCAGAAGACUUUGGCCUCAGUGGGAUUCAAAGGUAAAUUUGUCCCUAGGGUUAUUCCAACAGCUACUACUACUACUACUACUACUACUUCUACUGCAUCUGCCCCUGACCCCGCCUCGGCAACAACCCCGUCUAUCUCUGCCACCUCUACGGUCACCUCUGAGCCAGAUGAACCAGUGACAGUGACUACGUUACUACCAGCUAAGAUAGAGGAAGAAGAAGAGGAAGAAGAAGAAGAAGAAGAAGAAGAAGAAGAAGAAGAAGAAGAAGAAGAGGAAGAAGAGGAGGAAUCUUUGUCUGGGGAGGCAACAUCAGAAGUGGAAGUGAAGAAGACAGAUCGUAACACUCCCUCCCCCAUCGAUCCAGAAGCCAUCGAGGUGGACAUUAACUUCCAGCCGGAUCCCACAGACCUGGUCCUGUCCAGUGUGCCGGGGGGUGAGCUGUUCAACCCGCGCAAACACAAGUUCUCCGACGAGGAGCUGAAACCGCAGCCUAUGAUCAAGAAGGCCAAGAAGGUGUUCGUUCCUGAUGAGCAGAAGGAUGACAAAUACUGGUGCAGGAGAAAGAAGAACAACGUGGCAGCGAAGCGUUCCCGUGACGCGCGGCGGCUGAAGGAGAACCAGAUCACGGUGCGCGCCUCCUUCCUGGAGCGGGAGAACGCGGCGCUGCGCCAGCAAGUGGCAGAGAUGCGGAAGGACUGCGGCCGCUGCAAGAACAUCCUGUCCCGAUACGAGGCGAAGUACGGGUCGCUGUAAGGGAACUCAGAUCAAACCCCCCAAAAUAAAAGUAUCAAUGAGACAUAAAAGCAGAACUCCCUUCCCCGCAGAAUUCAACACAGACACAAACCACCAAGGGAAUCUAAAUUUGUACUGUUGUCUUUACUGACCUCCAGUCACUGUGUCGAACUCCAGCUGCUGUUUUUCUAACAUGAUGCUGGAGUUUUUGGAUACACACUGGCAGGCAGUGAGGCAUGAUGGGAGUGGUGGUCACAGGUAGGCCUGUGGAGAGCGCCUGGCUCCUACACUCAAGAGAGGAAGGGGGCGAUUGUGGACACUCCCGCGGUCAAACACACAUCUGGUCAGUCACGAGACGGCUUCAAGAACGUCAGGAAAUAUGAAAAGUGCAGACUGGUCUAAAAGAAUCACAGGAUUUUAACCACCACACAAAUCAGUUUUCAUCACUGCACAGCACUUCUUCUUCUUAGGGGACCAAAGCAUGAGUCAGUUAGAAGUCCUGUAUUUAGAAACAGUGCACACUGGCCCCGCCCCUCACAUUUCCUUAUGUUUGUGUCUGUACUUCCUUUUAAAGUCGUCGAAGGGAGUUGGUUAACUCACGGCAGGGUAGGAGAGGAACUGAUGAAUGCAUGAUAAAGGAGCAGGAGACACAUUCACAGUGGUACUUCUAGCCCCAGAGAAAGGAAGACAAAGACCUCAGGUCGGCAGAGGAGAGAAGGACGAGAGUCGGUUAGCGGUGAGGUUCGGUCGCGGUUCUUCCGUCUUGUAACCCUCAUACACGCCUCUGCGCGCACACGAAAACCGUUUGUACAUAUAGCCAUCUUCCUGCACCACAGAGAUACAGAGUGUAUCAGCGUGUUAUCCACUUUAUCUACAAAAACAGUAAAGAUUACAGUGGUGGCAGAUAUCUUCUUUAUUUACCAGCACCAUGGGAGACAGAGUAGCUCCUAUUAAGGAACAAAACCAUGCAUGACCUUCAAUUUAAAGCUACUAUGAUCUAGUUUCCUAUUCUACUAACCUCAGAUCAGCUUCCAGAGCCUCACAUAAGAUAUUUUUUACAGGAGAAGAGACUUUGGUUUUCUUUAGAAGAUGAUGAUAUUUUACAAAUGAAAACAGAGUUGUAGUUUUUUUCCCCGUAGGUUGCUUUGGAAGGCAUAUGUCUGAUGAUCUCCAGGGCCCUCACCGGUGGAGGGGUAUGUUAAUGCGUAGGGAUGUUUAUUUUACUGCACAUUGCAGGUGGAGGUCGUUAGAAACACUGCCUGCCUGCUUAUGGUGUAGUGACGCCUGGAUUGAUUUAAAAGAAAAAAAAAAGCCAGUCCCGUAGUUGACUGCUUCUAAACCUUGUAAAUAAAUGAUUGUCUCAUGGUCUUUAUUUCCCAAGGCAGGAAUUCUGACUGUGUCUUUACUAACCCAAUACUAUUCCUCAUAUUUGCCAAAUAGUCAAUGAGUGCUGUAUUUAUUCUGAUGGUAAUAAUGCAUCUGUUGAUUGUGAUGUACAACAAUAUGUUGGAUAAAUAUUUUCCAUUGAGGAUCAAUUCUUCUUAUGAAACCAAUGCAGGGAAAUCAAAGGGUAAACUGUGCUUUUGGAUGUUUGUUUUAAAAACAGAUUUAUAUAGUUUUAUGGGAUUUUGAUCCGCUCUAUAUACAUACAGCAUGUGUUUGAACACACAAAGGACAGGGCACACUCUUGUUUACCUCAUCCAGCACUUCCUAUUUUAAAUGGUGAAAAGUUAUGCAGGGCUACAAAGUGGUGGUAGUUGAAGCAGAAAGCACAUAAAAAGCAGCUUAGUUCCUUUUGACAAAAAAAAAUAUACUCUGACUUGAUAAAUUGAGUUAUUUUUGCUAAACUGACUCUGUGUCAGAAUUAGUAAAUAAAUGACAGACUUUUAUGGGACUCUGUAUCUCAAGUGUCUUUGCCUGAUGCACAUUUUGUCAUCGGUUGGCUUGUGCUCAUAAUCGCCGUAAUCUCUGAAAGAAAAUAAGUGUGGCAAUAAUACUCUGUUAUGUAAUGCUCGUUUUAUUACAUUGAUGAUGUUGUAAUUGUUCUGAUGUUCUAAAUAGAAAUGCCCCAAAGUCAUUUGUGCUUCCAGUUCAGAUCCUCUGUAGUCUAGGAUCCUAAUGCAUGAAACCCAGUAAACUUGUCCAUUUUGUUUUUCUUGAAUAUUUAACACCAAGUGUACUUAUGUCUGUAAACCAUCACUGAAAACUAGACAUGUUUUUGGAUGGGUAGGUUGAUGGUCUCUUGUACAGCUCUGUCAAAAGAAAAAGCAUAGCAUCUUUGCUAUAAUGUUAUGUGUUUAUGACUUAAUAGCAUAAUAGCGCCACCCUUCCUUGUGCAGCCAGUGCUUGACCUUGGGACAAACAUCAACUGAAAACAGCAUCUUUUGAUCACUGUGUGGAUUGUUGUCUAUUUACUGAAGAUUGAUCUAUUUCUAGAUGACACUGGAUCAGUUUGUGAUUUUGUGUUUUUCUCGAUAGAUCCUGUGUUUGUUCCAGUUUUCCUGGGAAACAUUUCUUAGCAAUGUGUUUUAUGUUGCAAUGACAUUGAAACUUGGCUUUGGCUACAUAAUGCUGUUUAUACAUCAAUGUAGUACUUUUAUUUUAUUUUUAUUUUUUUUACUUAAUUAAAAUGUACUGCAUCGGGCUGACUAAACAUACUGGUCAACAGAGUCUUUUAGAAGACAACUCAUUCAUAGUACUGCACACAGUAUGUAGCAAUUUCUUCUUUCUUGUUUUGAUGCAACGCACCUCAUGGAACCGGCUGUAACUCUCAAACCUGCUCAUUGUCAUUUAGCAGGGUGUAAAUUCUCCAGUUCAAUACGUGACAAACUGUGCUACAAAUAUGAAAGGAAGAUAAUAGCAACAGAUCUGCAGCUGUCUGUCCCCACCUACAGACAAAGAUAGUAAUAGCUGCUGCACUAUUAGAACCACUAUGCGCCACCUGCAGGCAUAAACGUAACGGCAGCAUGUUUCACCUUUUAUAGGAACUCAUUUUUUUAAACCUUAUUUUAAAGGUUUGCUAAAAAAGAAAGUAGCGAUACAACAGUAAGUAUUAAAUAUUACCAAAGCAUAUGAAAAACUGCAGUUGUAGUACUUUGCCAGCAGGUGGCACCAGUGUUAUAGUGCCAUUGCUUUCUUUGCAUGUAGGUGGUGCAAAUUAGCAUCUACAUCUGUAGGUCUAAACUGCUACUGUUUCUUUCACUUCUGGAACUGUACGCACUGGGCUUUGUGUGCUGCGCAUCAAUGACACAACGUCCUUGUUUGCUAUUCAAAGUAGCUACAAUACUCUAUAAAAAACAAUAUUUUAAAGUCUAUAGCGAUUUUUAAAGUUUUGAUUGUUUUGUGAUGUUUUGCUUUAUUUUUCUUCUUUUUAUAUAAACAUGUUUCUGUUAGGUGUUUUUGUAUUGUCCUUAACAUGUGUUUGCAGUACCAUGUUCUAACUGUAUCAUGCAAUUGAAAUAAAUUGGCAUUUUA